AGUGAUGGCGGCAGUGCCGAAGGUGCUGUGCUGGGAGAAGGGAACGAUGCUCAGGCAGCUGUUUGCCCUUAGCAGAACUUUUAAUCAUUGUCUUGUUUCCUCCAGAGCAGCAACACCCAGAGAAAACCAUCUGUGUGCUGCAGGUGCUGCUCUCCUGAGUUGCCACAGAUCCUACAGAUCCCGUCCCACUCAUGGAAUUGGGAGGUACAAAUACCUGCUCCCGCCAGAGACUCCAAAGAGGAAGAAGGACAGAAUGCAGAUGAAGGAGAUCAAUCCUGGCACCGAGUUUGAGUAUGGAGAUGUCAACAUCCAGAUGACUUCCUACGACAUGUGCCUGGUGGAGCACUUUGCCCAGUAUGUCCACAGGCUCUGCAACAGGCUCUCCAUCAAGGUCAACGAGAGCUAUGCCAUGCCCACCAAAACCAACGAGGUGCUGUUCCUGGAAGAGAAAGGAUCCAAGAUGCAGGUGGAUGCAGUCCUUACCACCCACCAGAGGGUUGUCCAGAUCAGUGGUUUGAGUUCCACGUUUGCUCCGAUCCUCCUGGAGAUUAUCCAGAGUAACCAGCCCGAGGGGGUCCAUCUCCUCAUGAAACAGCACACAGAAGCCGACUUCAAGAGCAGAUUGAAGGCUCGGCCAGAGCUGGAAGAGCUGCUGGCACAGAUGAGCUGAGUGAGGAAAAACUGCUCCAUGCAGGGGCUGCUCCAGCCUCCAGAGGGGGAUUCCACAAGCACUCUGCUGAGAACUCAGUGAAUUGGAAGGAAUUUCCACUGUUGGUCGUCUCAAUAAAGAUGAAUAAUGUAUUUAUUCCUGA